AUGAUUCCGGCAAAUACAUCCUCGCCUGCAGCACACCCGCCGGCGUCCGAUCGGAAAGCAAAGAACGACUAUCCGACGCAUUCGCAUCUUUUGGUGUCCGGCGCGAAGAAAAUAUUCAACAAAGCGUCAUUACUGCAUCCGCAGCAGGUCUACACCGCCAGGCUCAAAGCCGCUGAGCAGAGAGCGAACCCGCCGCUGCGAAGACUGAGCGUUGAUGAGCCAGAACCCGAAGAUGUCCGAAGGGACAGCUUGACGCAGCAGCAAAACACCACAAACAAGCCCAACACCACUGCUGCCACCCCCGCUACCAUGUCUACCUCUACUACAGCAGCCACCACCGCCACGGCCAGCAGCAGCAAGCCCGGCGAACACUUCGAGCCGCGGCAGACGGCGACGGACGAAGACUACACGCCUGACCCGACCAAGUCGCUGCCGCUGGACGCGGCGCGGCAGGCGCUGGUCGACGACAUCAUCGCGCUGUACAGCUGCGCGCCGACGGUGGAGCGCGUGCGACGCUACGCGGCCGACUGCGUGUACGACGACCAGUUCGUGUACGCCAACGACCGCUUCAAGAUGGCCGGCCAGUGGUUCGCGCUGCCCAAGCUGUUCCGGGCGAGCGUCAAUAAUGGCUAUCAGGUUGUGAAGAAUGAGAGGGGGUUGAUUCAGUUUAAGAAUGAUCAGUCAUGGACCUUCCGCGUCAUCCCCAAGACGGCCCGCGUGACGGGCCUCGUGUCGCUCUCGCUCGACCCAGACACGGUCGACUCGGACUUCAUCCAGAUCAAGUACCACAAGGACCAGGCCAAUGACAAGGACUACAGCCACGAGGGCCUGGGCUUCAGCUUCAAGAAGUGGCAGGCUGACCAGGUCGCACAGCACAUGGACAGUGAAGAAGUGAAGGCGUUCGAGGCGGACAAGAAUGCUGCGAAGGAGCAUGUGAGGAAGUACGGGACCGGCGAGGAAGAGGGGGAUGCACCGAAGGAGGAUUUUACGAAGCAGUGA